AUGUAUCGAAAAUAUCGAAAAGAUAUAGAAAAGUAUCGAAAAGAUAUCGAAAAGUAUCGAAAAGAUAUCGAAAAGUAUCAUAAAGAUAUCGAAAAGUAUCGAAAAGAUAUCGAAAAGUAUCGAAAAGAUCGAAGAAAAGAUAUCGAAAAAUGUCGAAAAUAUCGAAAAGAUAUCGAAAAGUGCCGAAAAGAUAUCCAAAAGUACCGAAAAGAUAUCCAAAAGUACCGAAAAGAUAUCGAAAAGUACCGAAAAGAUAUCGAAAAGUACCGAAAAGAUAUCGAAAAGUAUCGAAAAGAUAUCGAAAGGUAUCGAAAAGAUAUCGAAAAGUAUCUAUAUAUAAUGAAAAUAUCGAUAUAUAAUGAAAAGUAUCGAAAAGAUAUCGAUAAGUAUCGAAAAGAUAUCGAUAAGUAUCGAAAAGAUAUCGAUAAGUAUCGAAAAGAUAUAGAUAAGUAUCGAAAAGAUAUCGAUAAGUAUCGAAAAGAUAUCGAAAAGUAUCGAAAAGACAUCGAAAAGUAUCGAAAAGAUAUCGAAAAGAUAUCGAAAAGUAUCGAAAAGAUAUCGAAAAGUAUCUAUAUAUAUCGAAAAUACCGAAAAGAUAUCGAAAAGUACCGGAAAGAUAUCGAAAAGUACCGAAAAGAUAUCGAAAAGUACCGAAAAGAUAUCGAAAAGUACCGAAAAGAUAUCGAAAAGUACCGAAAAGAUUUCGAAAAGUACCGAAAAGAUUUCGAAAAGUACCGAAAAGAUAUCGAAAAGUACCGAAAAGAUAUCGAAAAGUACCGAAAAGAUUUCGAAAAGUACCGAAAAGAUAUCGAAAAGUACCGAAAAGAUAUCGAAAAGUACCGAAAAUAUAUCGAAAAGUACCGAAAAGAUAUCGAAAAGUACCGAAAAGAUAUCGAAAAGUACCGAAAAGAUAUCGACAAGUACCGAAAAGAUAUCGACAAGUACCGAAAAGAUAUCGACAAGUACCGAAAAGAUAUCGACAAGUACCGAAAAGAUAUCGAAAAGUACCGAAAAGAUAUCGAAAAGUAUCGAAAAGAUAUCGAAAAGUAUCGAAAAGAUAUCGAAAAGUAUCGAAAAGUAUCGAAAAGAUAUCGAAAAGUAUCGAAAAGAUCGAAGAAAAGAUAUCGAAAAGUAUCGUUAUAUCCAUAA